UUUUAGAAAGUCAUUAAAAGUAUCUCUUAAAAUUUCAAAACGGAGAGGAUGGUUAAAUUUUUAUCAAAAGUGUUUGCUUCAGAAUAUACUCGCGAUUUUCUUGCUGAGUUUAUGGGGACGUUUAUAUUGUUGAUGUUUGGAAUAGGAAGUAUCGCUCAAACUUUUCUUGGAAAAGGAAAAUUUGGCGGAUUUUUAUCAAUAAAUUUUGGGUGGGCUAUUGGUGUCAUGUUUGGUCUAUAUUGGUCUUCAGGAGUAUCAGGUGGACACAUUAAUCCUGCAGUUACAUUAGCUUUGGCAGUUACUAAGAGAUUUCCUUGGAAAAAAUUACCAUUAUAUUGGUUUGCACAAAGUCUUGGUGCGUUUAUUGCUUCUGCAGUUAUAUUUGGAGUCUAUAAUGAUCUGUUAUAUGAGUUUGAGAAAGAUAACAUAAGACUAAACGGCACUAUGAGCAUUGAUACGGCAUUUAUCUGGACAACUCGACCCAGUGCUGGUGUUUCUACAGCCACAACAUUUGUUGACCAGCUUGUCAGUAGCGCACUUUUGGUUGGGAUUAUUUUCGCAUUGACAGAUAAGCGUAAUAAUGCACCGAAUCCAAAUGCUUUACCUCUUUGUAUAGGAUUAGUAGUAUUUGGAAUUGGGCUUUCUUUCGGAAUUAAUUGUGGAUAUGGUAUUAAUCCAGCUCGUAACCUUGUUCCUCGACUUUUUACGGCUAUUGCUGGGUGGAAAUUAGCUGCAUUAAGUUAUCAAAACUAUUACUUUUGGGCGCCAAUUCUUGCGCAGUUGACUGGCGGCGUGUUAGGUGCUCUAUUGUAUAUCGGAGCCAUCGAGAUUCAUCACAAAAAUAAAGUUGAUAAUGACAUAGUUUUGUUGGAGAAGAAAGAAAUCCAUCAAAACGAUAAAGUUUAGAAAUUGAAAUACAGUGAACUGAUGUGAUUUAAAUACAAUGAUCUGAUGUAUAUUAUGUUGAUAUAUUUUACAUUGCUAAAUAUUUAUUGUUCUUGCUUUUUUAUUAUUUUUUUGUUUACUUAAAUUAUUAUUUUUUCAUUCAUAUUUUUAAUAUUUACUCUUUUUGUUUAAAAGUUUUAACUCUUACUUUAUUUGUAUUUAUAGUUUCUUAUUACGCAUUUUAAAUAAUACUGUAUUCUAUUAUUGUUAGUUAUUUUAAACUUUGUAUUAAUACUUUUAUAAUUAAAUAUAUGUAAAUAAAUUUUCUUGAAAUAAAAAAUUUAAGAACAAAA